AGAUUUAUAUGUUUUGAAAUUCUAAAACAUUAGAAUUUUUGAUUUCGUUUCAAUUUUCUAUUCAUUCUAGUUUCUGUAGAAUUAUAGGUUUUGAAUUUCUGAAACAAAAGAAGAAGAAGUUGCGAUGAUGAUUAAACAUCUCGUUAAUCUGAUUAACAAAUGAGGAUAACUCUGUUUCCAUUCUUAACUAGAUUCUGAGCAUCUUCUUCUUCUUUUACCCGGUUUUUUGUUUUUUUUUCUGCUUGUCGAUUUAAUGGAAUUACUUUUUAAUUUUCUGUUUACGAUUCUGUAAACUUGGAAUUGCAUUUAAAUUGGAAGAGCAAUUUAGAUCCGAGAAUACCCUAAGCCUAACUGGGAGUUAGAUCGAGAUGAAAAUCUCAUUCUGUGAAUAGAUCGAGAUUUAAUUUCUACAUAAAUAAUUGGACCUGUAGAUUUCCGAAUCAACUGGAUUAACACACUCACUUGAAGAGACAUCACCUGUAAAAGAUUUAAAAUCUGAAAUCCUUUUCUUGGAUUGACUAUUAUUAUUAUUAUUCUUUUAUAAAUUCUGUCGAUGGACUGAAUUUUUUUACAUCUAGGCCAGUUGAAAAUCUUUGGAAAAUUUAGGCAUAUUCUAUGGAAUAUAGGAACUGAAGUAACGAGCACUCACUGAGCCAGGUGCCGGUGUAGAUGGACUCUGAAUCUUUUUUCCACAACUGAAAAUCUUUGGGAAAAUUUAGGCAGUGACCUCAAUAAGUAGGAGGUGAGCGCUCCCUGGAGAACUUUGCUAUUGGAUCAAAAUGCAAGGCAUUAUAAGGUCGUGCAAUGAAAUACUAAAGCAUGGACUUCUUUGCCGACUGUGUGUUACCUCAUCUACUGCAAGUUGGCAACAUAAAGGAUUAGAGAAUACAACAGUGGCUGAUGUCUUGAAGGCCAAAGGAGAAGAGAAAGAUGGAUACGUAUUUAGUUGCCGUACCAACGACACCGUUUACGAUGCCGUUCAGCUAAUGACUCGGAACAAUAUUGGUUCCUUGGUAGUAUUAAGGCCAGGGGAACAGAAUUUGAUCGACGGAAUCAUUACGGAGCGAGAUUAUCUAAGGAAGAUGAUUGUUCAAGGAAGACAUUCUAAACAAACAAAAGUUGGUGAAAUCAUGACCGAAGAGAACAAGUUAAUCACAGUGAACUCCAAUACAAAUAUUGUGGAAGCAAUGCAACUUAUGACAGAAAAUCAUAUAAGACAUGUACCUGUAAUCGAUGCGAAGAUCGUUGGCUUAAUAUCUAUUGUUGAUGUAGUUCGGGCUGUGGUCGCACAACAGGAUGAAGAGGUUAAGCGCCUAAAUGACUUCAUCAAAGGGGGCUACUAAUGGAAACCAAAAACUCGUUUAUCAAUAAUGGAUUUGUUUCGUUCUUUGUUUUUGUUGUUAUCUUCCAGAUAAAAGGUUAGAAUCGAUAUCAUAAUCCCGAAGCAUAAAAAUGUACGGAUAUACAUCUAAAACCAAUAUCAGUCGAUCUAUAUGUUUGUUGAA